UGCUACCGUCUCGUCAUGCUGGGUAGCGCGCGGGUCGGCAAAACUGCCAUUGUAGCACGGUUUUUGUCCAACAAAUUCGAGGAAAGUUAUACACCGACGAUCGAGGACUUCCACCGAAAGCUCUACAGGAUUAGAGGAGAGGUCCAUCAGCUUGAUCUUCUGGACACGAGCGGAAACCAUCCGUUCCCCGCGAUGCGACGAUUAUCCUUCCUAACCGGAGACUUGUUCGUGGUGGUGUUCAGUUUGGAUUGUCGGGAGUCCUUCGAAGAGGCCAUCAGGCUACGUGAAUCGAUCCUAGAGACUAAAGUGAGCGCUACCCAGAGCGCCACUAAGAGCCGAAGCAAGAGUCACUUCAAUUUGAAGGUUCCCAUGGUCAUCGUCGGGAAUAAAUGUGAUAAGGACACGAAAACGGUGACCGUGGAAGAAGCUGAAGAGUACUGCAACAGUCAGGACGAUUGCUGCAUUUUCGUCGAGGCGUCCGCGAAGAGGAACUUCCACGUGGAAGAACUUUUCUAUCAGCUUUUUGUAGUGGCGGGCUUACCCCUGGAAAUGGCACCCAAUCAUCAUAGAAAGGUCCCGCUCACUUUUGGCUCUCCAACUAUGUUGCCGCCCUCUCAGCCGAGGCACAAAGCCACACUGAGCAUAAAGCGUCGACUGAGCGACGCCUGCGGCGUGGUCGCGCCAAAUGUUCGCCGACCGAGCAUAAGAACGGACCUGAUGAUCAUGAGGACGAAGACAUGUUCGCUCGCGGCCGCCAACGAGAACAACGCCCCCGGAUCCAGGAUCACCCUUAGAUCGUCCGACACGCGGAAAACGUGCUCCAUUCAGUGA